AUGUCUACUGAAGCUGCUGCCCCAGACUACACCAUCAACAACCCAGCCGUUGUCACCAAAUACAAGACUGCUGGUGAAAUCUCUGUCAAGGUUCUCCAAGAAGUCAAGAAGCUUGCUGUUCCAGGUGCCACCAUCUACGAGCUCUGUAAAUUCGGGGACGAAUUGCUUCUUGAAGAAACUUCUAAGAUCUAUAACUCCAAGAAAUCCAAGGUCGAAUCCAAGGGUAUUGGUUUCCCAACCUGUGUUUCUCCAAACAACAUUGCUGAAUACUUGUCUCCAGCUUCUGCCGAUGACAAAGCUGCUAAUUUGACUUUGAAGGAAGGCGAUGUUGUCAGCAUUCAAUUGGGUGCCCAAAUCGAUGGUUACGUUGCUUCUGCUGGUGAAACCGUUGUGGUUGGUGCCGAAAAGAUUACUGGCCGUGCUGCCGAUGUCAUUGCUGCCGCUUACUACGCUACUGAAGCCGCCAUCAGAACCAUUAAGGAAGAAAAGAAGAACUUUGACGUCACCAAGGUUGUUGGUGAAAUCGCCAAGGCUUACGAAACCACCCCAUUGGAAGGUAUGUUGUCCUACAGUCAACAACGUAACGUUGCCUUGGGUGAAAAAGAAAUCAUCAUCAACCCAAGCGAAACCCAAAAGAACCAAGUUGCUUCUUUGAACUUCAAGAACGGUGAUGUUUUCGGUUUGGACAUCUUGAUCAGUUCUUCUAAGGAUGGUAAGGCCAAGCCAACCGACAUCAAGACCACUUUGUACAAGCUCACCGGUAACAACUACUCUUUGAAAUUGAAGUCUUCCCACGCCGCUUUGGCCGAAGUUAAGUCCCACUCUGCUAACUUCCCAGUCACCACCCGUGAAUUCAAAGAACCAACCAAGGGUAGAAUGGGUUUGCAAGAAUGUGUUAACCACAAUGUCAUGACCGCUUACGACGUUGUCAGUGAAAAAGAAGGUGAAAUUAUUGCCCAAUUCUUCUCUACCGUUGCCUUGACCAGCACUGGUGUUCUUAAGCUCGCUUACCCAGAAUUUGACAUCUCCAAGGUUGAAAGUUCCCACAAGAUUGAAGACCAAGCCAUUUUGGACUUGUUGAAACAACCAUUAAAGGCUAAGAAGGCUAAGAAGGCCAAGUCUGCUAACUAA